AUGAACAAUGAAAUGAAUGUUUCCUACAUUUUUCUGGAUGGGUAUGUGGAAAUGAGCAAAUACAAAUAUGCUUACUUUCUUCUGAUGUUCUCGGCCUACAUCCUAAUCAUAUGCAGUAACUCGACUAUCGUGUACCUCAUCUGGGUGAACAAAAACCUCCAUGAGCCAAUGUAUGUCUUCAUCGCUGCUUUGCUGGUGAAUUGUGUCUUUUACAGUAGCACCACUUACCCGAAGCUUUUGAUCGACCUCUUGUCUGAAAAGCAGAGAAUAACCUACGAAGCCUGCCUCCUUCAGUUUUACUUCUUUUACUUCGUGGGUCCGGCGGAGUUCUUUCUGUUAGCGGUCAUGUCUUAUGAUCGGUAUGUGUCUAUAUGCAAGCCUCUGCUUUAUCCAACAAUUAUGACAAACACCACGGUCACCAUCUUCCUGGUUCUCUCCUGGUUUGUUCCUGCUUGCCACGCAUCAAUUCCACUAAUAAUGCUCAGCAGCACCAAAGUUAAACUCUGCAGCUUUAACAUCAGAGGGAUAUUUUGCAACAAUGCAGUCUACACGCUUCAGUGCGUGAUGCCGAGAUCUCUUGCCAUAUUUGGUGUGUUUGCCAUUCUAGAUAUUGUAAUCCUUCCUAUACUUUUCAUCCUGUUCUCCUAUACAAAGAUCCUGAUCAUUUCUUACAGAAGCAGCAAAGAGGUCAGGAGAAAAGCAGCUGAGACCUGCCUGCCCCACUUGCUGGUGUUGUUCAGCCUGACUUUGUUGAGCGUUUACGACAUAUGCAUUGUGCGCAUGGACUCGGACUUCUCAAAAACGGCCCGUUUCAUCAUGACGCUGCAGAUUGUUCUGUAUCACCCUUUGUUUAAUCCGUUUAUAUACGGGUUUAAAAUGAAGGAGAUUUACAAACACCUGAAGCGGUUGUUCUGGCAGGUAAAGGUUGUCGUGAGUAAAAAUCAGCAGUAA